AUGUCAGAAAUUGUUGAUAAAGUUAAGUCUCAAACUAAACAGCAUCAAGCAAAACAAUUUGAUUCAAAAGUUGUUAAUCAUAUUGAAUCAUAUCCUUUAAUUCAAUCAAUUAAAUCAUUUUUAUUAUCUUUUCAAAUUUUAAAUAUCGUUUAUUCAUCAUACUUAUUACCAUUGUAUAAUUUUAUUAAUGCUAAUUUAUUUUCAAUUUCUCCAAUUUAUGAUAUUCUUUCAUAUUUUGAUUUAUUAGCAAAUAAUUUAUUAAAUGUUGUUGAUACUUAUUUAAUUUCUUACCCAUUAAACAUUUUAAGUCAAAUUAAUCAAAAAUUUGUCUUACCAAUUGAUUCAAAAUUAAUUGAAACUAAUAAUAAAUUUUUAAACCCAAUUGAAAAAGAUACAAAAGAAGAUUUAUUUAAAAUUUAUAAAACUUUAUUGGCUAUUUUAUAUAAUGUUAAAGAUUUAGUUUUUGAAAAUUCAAAUAAAAUUCAAAAAAAUUUAGUUGAUACUUAUAAUUCCGAAUUAAAAUCAACUAAACAACAAAAUUAUCUUUCAAAAAAUUUAGAAGCUUCAUAUAAUACAGGAUUGAAAACUAUUCAAGUAUUAAAUGAUGAUUAUUUUCAACCAUUAAAACAUCAAACUCAAGAUUAUGUUGAUCAAUUUACAUCUCAAACUAAACAAAAGACAGAUGAAUUUAUAAAUGAUGCAAAAUCAAAAGUUAACCCAAAAUUGGAUGAAUUUAAAGAAAAAAAAGAUGAUUUAUUUAAUAAUGGUUCUUCAUCAUCACCUGUUGUUUCAGCAUCAGCAUAA